GAGUACUUAAAGGAGUCGCAGUAGGUUUAAAAGACGCACUUCAUCCUGCUCAUACCAGCACCCCAUCUUUACAAUGGGUACUUCCACUGGAGUAUGCUCACCCUGUCAUUCAACGGAAUGUCAUCUGCCUCUCGUCAUCGUCCCACUGCAAGAUGCUAGUGGAACGCCGAGAUCGUCGUUCAAUCACUGUCACGAUUCCAUGACUGAUGGCACUCCACUGCCGAGCGUCGAACAGUCAUCGCCGAACCCACCCAACAACUGUAUCGUAAUCAUACAGAACAACUAUAUUGCGGAGGGAGGAACCAUCAAUAUAUUUUCAAGUCACUGCAACGGUUCUACCGUGACCAAGUUAGAACACGUCACUGCAACUGCAGAGUCCACACCCUUGGAGCCUCCGUCAGCAACGCAGGCAGAGCCCACGGAGCACGGUCGUGCAAGCAUAGUAUUGAGCGGCAACACGUUUGGCGAGUGCGUCAUGAUAAACGUAGGAUCGCCAAAUUGCACUGGAGCUGUUAAACAAACCGCUCUUGCGUCCCAAAUUGACCGCAACGUCUAG